AGAGCACUCGUCAUCGUGUGCGCAGUCCAAUACGCGUCCGCAGUCCGAAAGUAAAUUUUCACACACACACAAAUCGUUUCUAACAACAAUAGUAUUAUAUUUUUAUUCGUAUUAUCUCUUCAACAUAAUAAUUAAAAUAUAAUAUUUUCGGGCGUAACAAACGAGUGCGACGCGUCGUUCGACCGAUAACGCUAAACGGAGUAAAAAAAAAAAAUAUCUAUACAUUCUUACAAUUGAUAAUAAUUAUUAACAAAACAAAUAACGCGCAAGGUACCGACCGAGUUUUGUUCGCGGACAGCAAUCAGAACACACCAUCGAUAAACAUAACAAUUAAUAUGUCAACGGCAGGUUUGGCAGUCUGAUUGAAAAACGCACAAGAGCUCGAUUCGCGCCGAAAACGCCAAACGACAAACAGCACCGACCACGUAGCCAGUCGGUCGUUUAAGAAGCGGCGUACAUACACAGUCUUUCCAUGAAAAUGACAGAUAUGAGCGCGGUGAACACGCAGAGCAUCGCCGAUUAUUUGGCGCAACUGCUCAAAGACCGCAAGCAGAUCACGGCGUUCCCGAACAUGUUCAUGCACGUGGAAAGGCUCAUCGACGAAGAAAUCACCAAAGUCCGAGCCAGCCUGUUCGAGGUGAAUGGCGUCAAGAAGGAACCGCUCGUUUUGCCGGAACCGGACGGCGCUCCCGUUACCAUUACCGAAAAAGUGUUCGUGCCAGUUAAGGAUCAUCCGGAGUUCAACUUUGUUGGAAGAAUUCUGGGACCUCGCGGUAUGACAGCCAAACAACUCGAAUUGGAAACCGGUUGCAAAAUCAUGGUUCGUGGAAAAGGAUCGAUGCGCGACAAGAAAAAGGAGGAACAAAAUAGAGGUAAACCUAAUUGGGAACAUCUUAGCGAAGAACUGCAUGUUUUGAUAUCGGUCGAGGAUACGGAAAACCGCGCCAAACUCAAGUUGAAAAGAGCAAUUGACGAGGUCAAAAGGCUUCUGGUUCCGGCUGACGGUGAAGAUGAACUGAAAAAGCGACAACUCAUGGAACUUGCCAUCAUCAAUGGAACUUACAGAGAUUCAAAUGCUAAAGCUUUAGCCGCUGCUGCCUGUGAUGAAGAAUGGCGCCGAAUGGCUGUAGCAGCAGCAGCAGAAACACAGCGAUUGUUAUCACCCCAUGGAAUGGGUGGAUUGGCUACCACGUUACGGCCACAGGCAGCCACUCCGAUGGCCGCUCCACUUAUACUCUCUCCCCGUAUACCAACUGCCAUCACGACCUCUGCCGGUAACCCCGGUGCCCCUCAGCUUCUAUCUCCUGCUGAGCAUCAUCACCAUGCUGCAGCAGCAGCCGCUGCCGCUGGUCUUAUAUACACGCCAUAUGCUGAUUACGCAAACUAUGCAUUAGCCGGAUCACCGCUGAUCACAGAAUAUACUCCUACCGAUCACUCGGAAUGUUCGACCAGAUACAUGCUAAUGGUUCCAGAACUGCAAGGGCUCACCUACCGCCACUGGCCAAAUCAACCAGGUGCAGCAGCCGCGGUCGCGGCGGCGGCUCAGGUCGCAAAACAAAGAAGGCAUUUGACUCAGAUCAGGGAUCAUCCGUAUCAGAGGGUUGGCACUUCGAUUGUCAAUUAAAAAAUAUCCCGAAAUUAAAAAAAAAAGUUCUUUGAAUUUGUAAGGCUUGCGGACAUCUAACAUAAUGGACCUUUAUUUUAACACCACACAAUGCAGCCUGCAGCCGAAGUGCGACGAAAGCUGGACGAAACUAUAAUUAACAACUAAACAAAUAUCAUUCUGCACACAUAAACACACUUCAAUUAAAAAUACGCAAUUUUGCACUUGGAAUUAUUUGUCUAACCAUUUUUAUUCUGUCUGUCUAAUCAUUUUCGUAAAAUAAUAUUUGUUUUUAUUAUUUAUAUUAUUAUUAAAGUAUUCAAUGUUGUUUCGUAAUACUUAUUUAAAGACUAAAUGGAAAUAUUUUUGUUGAGUCAUAUGCCUUAAAAAAAAAAGAGAAUUUUUAAAAAUUAUUAUUUUAUUAUUAUUAUUAUAUUCAUUUCUGCAUUCUAAGGAGACAUAGGUAAAUUUUACGUCAUGUUGUCACUAGUCUUAGUAUUUUGUUUGUUUAUUUUCAAAACUGCGUUAUGAUUUAAUAACAUAAAGUAUACGACAAUUUAAAAAAAUGUUAUAUUGAACAAACUUUUUUUACCACUCUACUUAUCAAAUUUCUCUUGUUAGGAUAGGAUUACAACAUAAAAAAUACAAACAUUUAUAUAUAUAUAUAUUUUUAAUAUUGUUAAUAUUUGUAAGACCUAUUUUAUGUAGCGUGCAAUAAAUGUUUUUUUUUUAGUUAGAAAAAAUUUGAUAUAAUUGGUAGAGAGUUCAGUAUUAAAAUAUAAAGCAAUAAAAAAAAAUUAAUUAUACUAUGCCAGGUGCCAAAAGCGACCCAUGCCAGUUUGCUCUACGUUUUUAUUAUAUUAAAUAUAUAUAUAUAUAUAUAUAUCUUUUUUUGUUAUAAAAUUAUAAUUGAUAAUUAUAGAAAAAAAAUUACAAUAAAUUAUUUUAUUAGUGUUAUGAAUACAUUUAUUUCUAUCUAUAAAUAUAUAUAUAUAUAUGUAUAUGAUAUGCGCGUGUAUAGGUAUUUACGUUUAUAGGUAUUUAUAACAUUUAAAUUAAAAAAUUAAAAAGUUUUAUAAGUACUUAAGAGCCUAAUAAAUUAGACGAAUCUUGAUAAGGCUUUAAAUACAUAUAUUUGUUGUUUACGAAUCUCAACUUCAAAAUAGUCUUGUUUGUUUUUUUCUUGUUAUUUUAGAAUUUUGUAGUUAAUAUAUAUAAAUUUAUAAUAAAAAAAAAAAAAAAUUAUUUUUAGUUUUAAUAGUAAUUUUGUUUGUAGUUGAGCAUUGUCUACCAAAAUGUUUUGUUAAACACAACCGAAUUUUAAUGUAUUUCAGGCUGAUGUGCCAUAAGAUGAUUGUCAUAACUAAAUUAUCUUUUAUAAAAUGUAGAUUUUAUGUUAUUUUUUGAAUAAAAAUGUAAUUUAUUUCAAAUUUAUUUUAUUAUAAUAAAUUAGAAAAAAAAAAUGAUAUGCUUGAUAUUUUGCACACAUUUAAUUUGUAU